AUGAUGGAGGACGCGUUCGACUUCAUCGCCCGGAACGGCGGCAUCGACACGGAGGAGGACUACCCCUACACUGCCAAGGACGGCAGGUGCGACCUCGCCAAGAGGAGCCGCACGGUGGUGUCCAUCGACGGCUUCGAGUCGGUGCCGGAGAACGACGAGCUGUCGCUGAAGAAGGCGGUGGCGCACCAGCCCGUGAGCGUGGGCAUCGAGGCCGGCGGCCCCGAGUUCCAGCUGUACGAGUCGGGGGUGUUCACCGGCAGGUGCGGCACUGAGCUGGACCACGGCGUGGUGGCGGUGGGGUACGGCACCGACAAUGGCAGGGACUACUGGAGCGUGCGCAACUCAUGGGGCCCGGACUGGGGCGAGGGCGGCUACAUCCGGAUGGAGCGCAACGUCACCGCGCGCACCGGCAAGUGCGGCAUCGCCAUGAUGGCGUCCUACCCCGUCAAGAACGGGCCCAACCCGUCACCCAAGCCGCCAAACCCGCCGAAGCCGAAGCCGGUGGCCUGCGACCGCCACAGCAAGUGCCCGGCGGGGAGCACAUGCUGCUGCACCCACGGCGUCAGGAAGACGUGCUUCGUCUGGGGAUGCUGCCCUGCCAAGGGCGCCAUCUGCUGCAAGGACGGCCCCACCUGCUGCCCGUCCGACUAUCCCGUCUGCAACGCCGAGAACCGCACUUGCUCGAAGAGCAAGAACAGCCCGUACACCGUGGAGGCGCUCAUCCGUACUCCGGCCAGGCGAAGCAGGACAACGACGCUUACACAACUGGCCGAUUCAGUGUUCUCCGAAUUGGACGUCUAG